CGCGCGCAGCCACGGCUGACGGCGACGCCAUUUUGUCGCCGAGCUCGGUGUUUUGUUGAGCGCCGCGCGUCUAACGUCGGAGCGAAGAGCCGCCAUGCCGGCCGGGCCUGUGCAGGCGAUGGCGCCUGCCCAGCCAGCGCCCCCUGAAGCGAAGCAGCCAGAAGAUGAACCGAAAGAAGAAGCAACACCAGCCAAGCCCGUGGUGGGAAUUAUUUAUCCUCCUCCAGAGGUUCGGAAUAUUGUGGACAAGACAGCCAGCUUUGUAGCCAGAAAUGGUCCUGAGUUUGAAGCCCGUAUCCGGCAGAAUGAAAUCAACAAUCCCAAAUUUAACUUCUUGAACCCCAACGAUCCUUACCAUGCCUACUAUCGCCACAAAGUCAAUGAGUUCAAGGAAGGCAAGGCACAGGAGCCCUCGGCAGCCAUUCCCAAAGUCAUGCAGGCACAGCAGAGUGCACAACAGCAGCUUCCCCAAAAGGUACAAGCCCAGGUGAUUCAGGAGACUGUGGUUCCGAAAGAGCCUCCUCCGGAAUUUGAGUUCAUUGCAGACCCUCCCUCGAUCUCAGCCUUUGACUUGGACGUGGUAAAGCUGACAGCCCAGUUUGUUGCUCGGAACGGCAGGCAGUUCCUCACCCAGCUGAUGCAGAAAGAGCAGAGGAAUUACCAAUUUGAUUUCCUGCGCCCGCAGCACAGUCUCUUCAACUACUUCACCAAACUGGUUGAACAGUACACUAAGAUCUUGAUUCCACCCAAGGGUUUGAUCAUAAAACUUAAGAAGGAGGCAGAAAACCCCAAAGAAGUAUUGGAUCAGGCAUGUUACAGAGUGGAGUGGGCCAAGUUUCAGGAGCGAGAGCGGAAGAAGGAAGAGGAGGAAAAGGAGCGAGAGCGCGUUGCUUAUGCCCAGAUUGAUUGGCAUGAUUUUGUGGUGGUGGAAACCGUGGACUUCCAGCCCUCCGAGCAAGGGAACUUCCCACCUCCCACCACUCCCGAGGAGCUAGGUGCUCGAAUUCUCAUCCAGGAGCGCUAUGAGAAGUUUGGAGAAAGUGAAGAAGUGGAGAUGGAAGUGGAGUCAGAUGAUGAAGAUGAGAAACAAGAAAAGACUGAGGAAGCACCAUCUCAGUUGGACCAGGAUACCCAAGUGCAGGACAUGGAUGAGGGCUCUGAUGAAGAAGAUGAGAGUCAGAAAGUUCCACCACCUCCAGAAACUCCGAUGCCACCACCUCUUCCUCCUACUCCAGACCAAGUCAUUGUCAGGAAAGAUUAUGACCCUAAAGCAUCUAAGCCUUUGCCACCAACUCCGGCCCCAGAUGAGUAUCUUGUCUCCCCCAUCACGGGGGAGAAAAUCCCUGCCAGCAAAAUGCAAGAACAUAUGCGGAUUGGGCUUCUGGAUCCCCGCUGGUUGGAGCAAAGGGAUCGCUCUCUCCGGGAGAAGCAGAGCGAUGAUGAGGUCUAUGCCCCAGGCUUGGACAUUGAAAGCAGCUUGAAACAGCUGGCUGAGCGCCGUACCGAUAUUUUUGGUGUUGAAGAGACAGCUAUCGGCAAGAAAAUUGGGGAAGAAGAGAUCCAGAAACCAGAAGAGAAGGUGACCUGGGAUGGCCACUCUGGCAGCAUGGCCCGAACUCAGCAGGCAGCUCAGGCCAACAUUACCCUUCAAGAGCAGAUUGAGGCUAUCCAUAAGGCCAAAGGACUGGUGCCAGAGGAUGACAGCAAGGAGAAGAUUGGGCCGAGCAAACCCAAUGAGAUGCCCCAGCCCCCACCCCUCUCGUCAGCCCCAAACAUCCAAACCAGCGCUCCGCCAAUCGCAUCAGUGCCUCGCCCGCCCUCGAUGCCACCACCUGUCCGUACAACAGUUGUCAGCGCUGUUCCCGUCAUGCCUCGCCCACCGAUGACUUCCGUGGUCCGCUUACCUCCAGGCUCUGUCAUCGCUGCUCCGAUGCCACCGAUCAUACAUGCCCCUCGGAUCAACGUCGUUCCGAUGCCACCUUCGGCCCCGCCCAUCAUGGCUCCCCGACCCCCUCCCAUGAUUGUGCCAACAGGAUACAGACAGGGACCAGUCAGCAGUCCAGCUUUUGUUCCAGCUCCUCCUGUGGCGCCAGUGAGUGCUCCGGCCCCUAUGCCUCCUGUCCACCCUCCACCUCCCAUGGAUGAUGAGCCGGCUUCCAAGAAGCUGAAAUCUGAAGAGAACCUGAUGCCGGAAGAGGAAUUCCUGCGCAGAAACAAGGGCCCAGUCACGGUCAAAGUUCAAGUUCCUAACAUGCAGGACAAGACAGAAUGGAAGCUGAAUGGUCAGGUGCUGGUGUUCACCCUCCCUCUCUCUGACCAGGUUUCUGUUAUCAAGGUCAAGAUUCAUGAGGCCACAGGAAUGCCUGCUGGGAAACAAAAGCUCCAAUAUGAGGGCAUCUUCAUCAAAGAUUCCAACUCUCUGGCUUAUUACAACAUGACCAGCGGGUCAGUGAUCCACUUAGCACUCAAAGAAAGAGGAGGUAGAAAGAAGUAGGACUCCAUUGGCAAGGCAGCUGCCACACAGCAUAUGGCACAAGACAAGCUGCCAGAAUCUGCCAGCUCCUGAGUAACAUCCGCAUGGCGUUCCCACAUGGGCAGCGCUUUGUACCUUCAGCUUGUAUCUGGUAAUCCCUUCAGCUGGAGAAAGUUGUUCAUGCCCUUGGAGUCACUGUCAAUUAUUUUUCAAGUUGAUGUGUGUAUAUUUCAGCAGCUCGUGCUAUAUAUUCACAAUGUUAUCAGAAUCGCUGCUUGGCUAGCAUUUCCUUUCAGUGGUCUUCUGUUUUAUUUUCUUGCAACGUUUUGCCUCUGCAGCUAAGAUCUCUCUUAGCUUUGAUUAGAUCUGACCAUGUACAUUAAACUUUUGGAAGGGGCUUGCUGGCAUAUAAGAGAAUGAUACCUUCUGGAUGAAACAUUUCAGUUUAACUUCCUUAUUCCAAAUAACUAGUGUAAUAAAAGCAUUUGUGAUUUUCCAUGUGAAA